CGGAAGCGGGCGCGGCGGGGCCGCCGGUGCCGGUGGCGGCGGGGCCGCCAUGGAGUUCCCGGACUUGGGCGCGCACUGCUCUUGGUCCGCCUGCCAGCGCCUGGACUUCCUUCCCCUGAAGUGUGAUGCUUGCGAGCAGAUCUUCUGCACCGACCACAUCGCUUAUGCCCAGCAUGACUGCACCUCUGCUUACAAGAAGGAUGUGCAGGUCCCAGUAUGUCCCCUCUGCAACACCCCAGUCCCUGUGAGGCGGGAGGAGAUGCCUGAUAUUGUGGUGGGUGAGCACAUUGACCGUGACUGCAAGUCUGACCCUGCACAACGCAAGCGCAAGAUCUUCACCAACAAGUGUUUGAAGCCUGGCUGCAAGCAGAAGGAGAUGAUGAAGGUGAUCUGUGACCAGUGCCACAAGAACUACUGCCUCAAGCACCGGCACCCUCUGGACCAUGACUGCACUGGGGCAGGGCAUCCCCUUUCCAAAGCAGGGCAUGCUGCGGUUACCAGAGCCCAGGCAUCCUCCUCCAAAAUAGCCACUGCAUCAAGCAGCAGAGCUGCCCGGCCAGCAGACAGCUCCUCUUCUCCAGCCUCUGCCAGGGGUGGCAGAGCAGCUGCGUCGCAGACUCGCAGCACCUCCCCUCCAGCUGUCAUGCUGCAGAAUGGGCUGAGCGAGGAAGAGGCACUGCAGCGAGCUCUGGAGUUGUCCCUGGCAGAGUCAGCACGCAGCUCAGCACAGUCCCCCAGCAGCACACAGGAGGAGGAGGAUCUGGCACUGGCCCAGGCACUGUCAGCGAGCGAAGCCGAGUACCAGCAGUCGCAGCGGCAGGCACACGGUUCAAAGCCAUCAAACUGCAGCAUGUCGUAGGCAGGUGAGGCAGGGUGUGCCAGUGGACAUAGAAUCACGCCUGCGACCUGAGGAACGGCUCUGGCCUCACACAGGGAUGCCGGGGAGUUCUGGCCCGGACACUGGUACCAAGAGCCCCUUGCCAAGGACAGCUCAUCUCCCUGGGAGCUGUAAGCCACCAAAUAUACACUGACACUUCGGCCCUAGUACCUAUAUAAAAUUAGUGCAGCAAAUUGCUGAUGCUUCUGGGGAGGUGAAGACUGUACAGGACAGGGCUGGGUACACGCUGACCAAAGCGAGCAGCAAUCCAGGGUCUGCACUUACCCACAGUUGCCACAGCUACAUCCCAACACUGCUGGGACUGUGGGGGAAGGGUAGAGCUGUGUGGGAAUAUCUCUGCAUGCUCAAACAUACAGCUGGGAUGUGGCUGCCUUCUGUAAUGGGUGGCUGGAUUCCAUGCCCUGGGGAGGGCCAGGCCAUGCCAGCCCCUCAGCAAAGAGCAAAUGUGGCUUGCUUGGGCAUGGCACAGCUGAAUGUGCAGCCUCCCAUGUGCAGUGUGAAGGCAGCCCCUUCCCCGCUCCUGACACCCUCGGUGCCUCCCUACUGUUUGCAUGCACAGGAGUAUGUUGGGCCUUACCCUGCCCUGUUGGCUGGGUCCUCUCUGAGACUGAAUGGAGCUGCAUUUCCUUUCUGGUUCAAUAUAUUAAGUAACCUUGGCAGUGACUUGAAUGCCAGCGUCACACACAUGGGAUGGUUGCAGCUACCUUCCUGCUGCUGGCUGCUCUCUGCUGUCCUAAACUUCAACAGGACCCUGUUUAAAUGCUGCUGGGAUAGGAAUGCCUCCCUUCUCCCAGCUGUGUUGCUGAGAUUCCCCUUCUGGAUAGCAAAAGCACACAACCCCUACUUAGAAACAAAGCCCUGAGCCUAGAGCCUGGUUGGGUGGAGGGGAUUUGUCCUGCAGGGGGUCUGCAGCCAUGUAGAGCUGUGCCACUUUCCCACCUGCUGCUGUAACCGUUCCUGCCUGCAGGGCUGUGCCUGGUUCUGUCCUGCUCUGAGCAGCUGAGGGCAGGGGGGGUUCAGGCUGGGUCCAGGGAAUGCUGAGAGUUGUCAAAGAGCUGCUUGGGAGAAAAUAAAAGCAUAGCACAAGGUACAGAGGUA